UUAAAGGGUGCUGUGUCUGUAGACAAUAAUCUGAUAUAUUAUUAGAUGAAAACAUCCAACACAAGGUGAAGGUUAAAAUUUUCAUUGGCCAUUUCCGUCUUUUUCAGUUCGAUCUCCAUUCAGAUAAAAUAUGGCAGGUAUAACACGUUUAAGCUCAUGCAGUCUCUGAAGCUCUUCUAAUCUUAUCCUUUAAUCGUUUGAUGAUUGACGAUCUUCCACUUUCACAAAUCAAAUAUUUCAUCAUUUGCCAGUUUAGUUUUCAUAGAAGCUGUUUAUAACUGUUUACUGUUUGUCGUUUCGUCCAACUAAAUAAAACAAUUUGAUGGCUUUUAACGGGCAAAAGUCAUCUUUAGUGUCUCGACUCACGAUUGAUAAUCAACGAACCCAGAUUCAGAUUAAUCAAAGACUACUCAAACAUUCAACAUUGUUAAAAGUGUUAAUAGUUGUUUCAAUUUUAUCAAUUUUACCAAGUUCCAAUGGUAAACCGUUGGAAAAUGAAACUAGUUUCAGUGAUGAAUUUUUCGAAAGACUACCUAAAAAAGAGAUUGUCUCGAUAGGAACUGAUGCCAAUGAGUACGAGGAUGGGUUGCAGGUUUACACUAGUCAAGAGUUUACUCGAUCCUGUUUUGUCAAGAUCAACUAUAAACAAAUGUGCAUCGAGUAUGGACCAAACUGUGAAUUCAAGUUUGAAUGGAGUUAUCCUGAGUCACUUUUGGAGCAAAUCAAGAAAGGGUUUGAUCCAAGAAUAAGGAUUCAAGAUGAUUUACCUGUUAGUCUGAAGAAUAAUCCAGAUUAUCAGAUUUACUCUUCCCAUUUACUGAUUAACAAUACUGGCUACUCUCAUCGUGGUAACUGGUCAUGCAAUUUCAAGUUCAUUAACAAUGAUAAUGGUAAAAUUGACUCAUGGCAGCAUGCGUUUAACAUCGAUAUAAUUGAAAAUGGAGUUCGAGGUUCACCUUGUUCUACCAAUGACCAUUGUUCGAGUAAUAACUGUAAAAAUAAUACUUGUGUUUGUGACGCUGAUGCACCCUUUUUGGUUGGUGAUUUAUGCAAAAAAGAAUUAUCGCCAUCAUCAGAUGAAGAUUCCUUCUGGAUCAAACUUUGGCAUGAUUAUGAAGCUUACAUAAUCAUUGGAGGCUCAAUUGCUGGUUUCUUGCUUUUUACUAUUAUUUGUUGUAAAUAUUGUGGAGGCAGGCAAUGUAAAUGUGUAUGCACAUGUAAAUCAAUCUAGUCGCAGGACUGGUCGAACCAGGGGUGCAUUUGAUGAACCGGUACAUUUAAGCUGAUUCUACACAAAUGAGAGAGGAAUGGAUAACUUUACUCUGCAUCCACCAAAAUUUUUAAUAAGUCUAGAUUCUGAAUGGACACAUUGAAUGUUAUUUUCAAAUUGACAAAAGUGAUUUUAAAUUAUCUUCCAGUGCUUAAAAUUUGAAUAAAACUUGAAACAAUAAUAAGCAGGUCCUGAAAUUUUA